GUAUCGGGGACAGCUGUUCCUUAAAUGCGCGAGAAUUCCUUUCAAUUUUGGUCUACGACUGAUUGGAACAUGAUCUAAACAGGGCACUCACCAAGCACGACGGUUGUCGGUCGACGCGAUUCUAGGGAGAAUGCAACGCCACGACGCGCAGCAGAUCAUUUUUUCACUGACGAUCCGUUCAACCUGCCACUGACAAUAAGCAGACGGUAUCGCAUUGACUAUCGCUAGAAGGGAGUUGUGUUAAAUUCGUCGGCCGACGGUCGUACUGCAGACGUAUGGCGAAGUGAGUGUCCGGCUUUUAAGUAAACCAUGAGUUCUUGGACACUUAAUUCUCCACCGUAUAGAAUUAGCAAAACAAUCGACAUGGUGGAAGAGUGUAUUAAUGUUACCGUUUACGAAGCUGAAGCGUUAGUGUACUCUACAGGCGAUAAAUUCAACACCAUUGUCAUCUUGCCGCUAUUCUUGCUGGUCGGUUUGGCGGGAAACGGUGCAUUUUUGAUCGUCAUGAUGAAAGUACCAAACAUGCAGACGGCGACGAAUGGAUACUUAGUGAAUCUGGCCGUUGCUGAUAUAAUGUUUCUUGUUUUUGCAGUCAGUGAAAAAAUUAUUUACCUGAUUGCCUCACCCAUUGUUAUUGACAAGAGUGUAUUUGGUUCGACUGGUUGUGCUGUGGUAGAGAUGGCAAUUAGUACGUCGUAUUUUGCAUCUUUGUUCUUUAUAACGCUUGUGACUACGGAACGCUAUUAUGCAGUAUGUACACCGCACGAACGACAUGACACAAAGAAGAAGUCCGUAAUAAAAAUUAUAUUGGCGUGGAUAGUUGCAGGUAUCUUAUCAAGUACAUUAUUGGGUUCAUUGUUGGAAAAAUUCGAAGUUUGUAUCUUGUGGCCAGAUGGAUAUGAGCACUUUCCGACGCACAUAAUGCAAUGUAAUUACGUUAAACUGUGGAUGUCUGUCUAUGGAAGUUUUCUACAAGGCUUCUUGUUUAUUAUUGUGUUUCUCGCCAACACGCUGAUGUAUUUCAAAAUCGUGUGCGCACUUGGAGAACGAUUGCAAUUGAAGCGCGACGAUUACGCAUGUCUGAAAAGGGACAAGAAUGUGCAAUUAAGAAAUCAGAUAACUAGAACAGUUAUUAUCAAUGGCUGUGCGUUUUUUUUCUGCUUAGCUCCAAUUGAAUUUUCAUCUAUAUUUUAUGGCAUAUCUGAUAUAAACAAUCACCCGAUCUUAAAUCCUAAUCAACGCAAACGAUUGGUGUUUGUAGUGCGUGCCCUGUUAUACAUAAACGCUAUUAUAAACCCGAUCAUUUACAUAUGUACCAGUCCUCGGUAUCGGGAGGCUUUCAAGACAGUUUUCUGCGGCAAAAAGAACCAAGAUGACGUAGCUAUUGCAAACUCAUCAAUAACACAGCAAACUCACGGUAGCAGCAUGCGAAGCAAACGAACACUUCAAACAACACAGGAAACAUCAUGCUAAGCUAGAUCGUAAUUUGCAUCUGAAAGAAAACUUUUUUAGUAAACAUAGAGGGCUCUCUUUAUGGAACCUUCCAUUACUUUUACGGGGAUUCUAUACCUGAUUAAAAGUCACAGAGAGACAAUGCAAUAAAAAUUCAAUAGUUUAUUUCAAAUAAAAAAUGACGUCAAGUAAAGUAAAAUUAUUUAUACUAAUAUAAUCGUUAUGAAGUAAACGUUUUAGUCACUAACCGACAGCUUCUACGAAUUAAGUAGAAUGAUCUGAGAAGCAGGAAAUGUUGUCCAUGUUCUGGAAUAUAAUAGUAUUGUCUUUAGGCCUUCUUGGUAUUCGUCAUUGCAUUUUAAUAGCUUGCUAUGUGUAGGUUAAUUAUCAUACUAGUUUAAAUAUAUAUAUAUAUAUAUAUAUAUAUAUAUAUAUUUCAAUUAGUGUGUCUUUUUUUGGAGCGUUUUUUAGAACAUUGCGUUUCCGUAUACACAGAUACACAUACGGCCAUGUCUCGAGGUGAGACAGAGAUGACUAUUACUCAUCAAUUUAUCUUAGAAUAGAAAUAUUACACUGUUGAUUACAUUUAAUACAUUAUAAAGCGAAAGCAAAAAAAGAAAUGACAUUGGCUCAUUAAAAUAGAUGAGUAUAUUAUGCAGUUGUGUUGGAGAUGGGCUCAUGAGGACCCUUGCAGAUGCCGAGAGGAGCAGAACAAUUUGGCCUAUUCUUUGUCACGAACCGACGGGCAGUAAAUAAAGAGGCAAUUCCUGAAGCAGCACUCACUGCGUCGUACGACCGUCUUCGUAAGACGAAUCCAACUCCACUUUAUGUGAGCGCUAGACGAAGCGAUGCAUCGUCGGUGGCAGUCUGGACGGGUUGCCAUUAAAAACGAUCCGUUGCACGCACGCGCAGUGAGUGCCUGGCUUAUUCAGAAGAUAGACCUUUCUUUAACCAUAGCUUUCUCUAUGCUUUAACCUGCACAUGGAUGAUAUGCAGUCUACUCAUAACCAUUGGCUUAGACUGUGUCAAUCAGGGCGUCGCCAAGAUACACUGAUUGUAAAAUAUCGUUGAAAAAUAGUAUUCGUUCGAUAGGUUUGAUUAGUGAUCACAAUAAUUUGCUUAGGAGAGAUGUUUUGCCCUGCCUGACGUUAUCGUACUGAAUACUCAGUACCUUUCCAAACAUUUAAGAUAAAAUUCCCUCAAGUGAUUUGGUUGGGAUUCGAACCCACGACCUACAUAUAUCUAGCUUGGUAUCAUAACCACUACACGACCGAGCUUGCGAUUAUUAGUUAGUGUUGAAUCCGGUCCCCAAGUACCAGCGGGUACUGCAGUACUGUCUAGUUAAUGUGAUUGUACAAGCCCAUGCUACUUAACCAUUACGCUCGCGCAUAAUAGGCCUAUGUUUGUAUACGAAUGCAUACUUACCUAUUCUAAGUAUUAUCGAUAAUGAAGCGACAUAUCAAUUCUAGCAGGCCCGUCGAUUAGGCAAAGCUCGCGUAAGCAAAUUAAGGAUCUGGAUCACAAACACAUUGAAGUCUAAGAUUAUACAUCAUGCCGAUCGCACAGGCUAAGCGGCUGUCUCAUAUAUUUUUUACAAGUGUUCUUUAGAAAUAAAUAAUCGUAAUUCGUCGAUUGUCACGUUUUAAUUUAAGCAAUAAAACACAGAUUACAGGAACGAGCCCAUUCUUUUUGUAGUGUCUACGUCAGCACUAUGUUAUUUGGUAUUCCACAGUUACGGUGCCGUAUAAAGCUAUAGGCCUACAUUGUAUAUUCUGCCUAUAAUUUAGUACUGUACUAAGUUAAGUGUUAUAUUGCCAUGUGUUUUAGUAUAUUGCUUAGGCCUAUUCAUUAAAUCCAUCAACUGUAAGUAUACAAGUGUACAAGCGAAA